GUAACUGAUGUGAUUCUGCAAUCUGUAUAUGGGGUAAAAAUGGGAGCUCAUAACCCACUUGAAUCAAAGUGUGAAAUAUGAUAUAUCAAGAACUAUGUAAUGUUUUGAACAGCCAACAAUAAAAAAUUAAAAAAGAAAAAAAAAUACAGGUUUCAUUGCAAUGGAAAGACAUUAGCAUAAAGUAAGGUAUUAAUGCUAAUAAGAAAAUAAUAUUACCUAUCUACUUUAAAUAUACUAUUUGGGAAAUAUAAAAUGGCAAAAACAUGGUGAGCAGUCACAUGAAUUUGUAGAUACUAAUUGAACCAUAAAAUAAGACUUGGUACCUUAUAUAUGACAUGAAGAGACAGAGUUUCAAUACAUAAUUCUUCCUUGAUCCUCUUGUUAAAACAUUUUGCUUUUGCUUUUUUAAUUUUAAAAAAUUUGGCUUAUUCUCAUUGUCUUUCUUUUAAUCAGGGAAUAAAGUUCCUUUUUUCUCUAAUUUAAAUUCAGUUUGUGUCAAUCUAUGAAAUAUUAUUUCAUCUGUUUACAUGUCAAAGUAUACAUAUUUAUGAUCUUGAUGUUUUCAGAACAAGAAAACAUCAGAAACACCCUAGGACUUUGACAUAUUCAUUAUUAUGCAAACAAAGUGUUUCUCAGGAAGAAUCAUUCUAUUUAUUUUUUAUGUUGCAUUCAACUCAAUUAAAAAUUUUGUAUUGGUGCAUAAUAAUUAUACAGAAUAGGAUGUUUUAUUGUGGUAUAUUCAUACAUACACAUCACAUAAUUUGAUUACUUUUUAAAUGCAGCCAAGAAAGCAAUGAAUUGCAAGAUUGUCAUUGAGACUAGCCAAUCUUUUUUUAAGUGUAUUCACAACUAUAAAAUGACUACAUAUUAUUUCCUGCCUUUUACUCUCCUUUGCUUAGCUUCCUGAAACAUGUCCAAAGUCCCCAAAUUCCAUGUCCUUCUCUUCCUUCACUGUCCACCCUUCUUCCAUUCUCUCCUACCUAGUGAAAAGGCAAUAACUGGCAAUUUUCUGGCUUGAAUGAAAGGUUUAUGACAAGGAUGCCCUCAGUGUUGGUCUACCAAACCAGAAGUAUAUUCACGAAGUGGCUGACAAUAGAAGCACCUUGAUCAGAUGGCAGGCAGUGCUGACUCUGUGAACUUAGCUAAUGGACUUUCCAGGCAUCUAAUAUUGCAAUAUUGUACUAAACCUUUCUACUAUUCAUGUCCGUGAUUUUGCCCUACCACUCACUAGUUCCCUCUCACCUUUCUAAAAGGGAUGCUGGGGAACAAACAAACAAACAAAAAACCUUGAUCAAAUCCUAAGAAAGAAUGGAAAGUGCACAGUAUGAUCCAGUGAGAUCUACCUUUCUUUUUCUAAUAUGAUGCCAACCUGAAAACUAACACUUGCCUCCUCUUAUGUAAAUCAGAAAAGGUUCACAAUUGCCAUGACAGUGUAAGUUCUAGUAUCAGGAUAUCAAAAAUUCCAGCCAGGAAAGGUGUUAAAGCUACGCUACCAGAGAGCCACAGUAACAAGAAUUGAGGUCCUAAUCAAAGUCGGGCUACAUUUUUAAUUGAGAAUUUCUCAUUAUUAUGCCAUGUUUCAGUUGAGUCAGCCAAAUGUAAAAACAACCUGGCCAUAUACUUCUUUAUUAAAGAAGUUUAUUCUUCCACCCAGGCUCAGAAUUUGAUAACAGGUUUUCCAUGGACUUUUUCCUCUUUACAUCAAACAAUUGUAAAGAGGAAAAAUGGGGUGAGGGCAUUCUAAUUUAUCCCACAUGGAUACUUGGAUAUGACCAAAUUGAAUUACUAGCAGUUUCCUUAAACAUACACUCUGAUUCUCAGCCUGCAUACACUGUGGACAUAGUCCAUCCUGCAAAGCCCUCCCCAACCUUCAUUACACACACACACACACACACACACACACACACAUUUUCUUCUGUGCCUGGCUUGGUAAUCAUCAUCCCAGUGAGAAAUAAUAUUGCUCACCUAGCAUUGUGUUUGUCUUUUAAAAUCACCUCUCACAUGUGGCCUUGUCUUAUAAGCUUUUGCAUAACAUCUCUGUCCAUCUACAAUACAGUAGGUUGGCAAUAGUCAUAUUUGCAAGUAUUUUGCACACUGUGUAGUGAUUCUUAGCAGUGUCGUAAAUUUGAUAGGUAUUCCUCAUUAUAUUUUGCUUCUGGGUGAUUAAAAAUUGGGUAAAUAGAAAAAGUAAAGGAGAAUGUAUGGAUUUUUAAUAAAUAAUCUUUGCAUAGUUUGCUUUUAUGAGUCUUAUCUGUAAGAGCCCUUCAGGUCCCAUCCUUGGAGGGCAGGAAUCUUGCAUGUUUAUUCCUUAAAGCCGGAGUAGAAAGCUUGUUUUUCAUUGAAAAAUCUUUAUUUCCUUGCAAUGAAGGUUGGUAGUUUAUACUCAGUUAUGUGUGCUUACCUGAAGUUGUUUCUUACUUAAGACAUUUAUCACUUCUACCUUUUUUUUUUACCGCCUGCAGCAGCCUUAUUUAUAUAAAGCCAAGAAACUUUCUCUUAACUUUUGUAGCCUGAAAGGUUUCCUAUGCCCAAAGCUUGUUGGCUUCUGUUUUUUGUUGUUUUUUUUUUUUUUCCUCUUUUCUUUUAACUCUUUUAGUGCGUGCUGGGCUUGGGUGCUUCGUCAGCUCAGAGGCAUGUCAAAUACGUGUACUCUCUUUUCGCACUGCGUGGGGGAUCCAAGCUGCUUGAACUGCCUGCCUCUCUGCGGGGCUUGAGGCUGACUGCGAACGUUCCCAGUUUUCUCUGAUUGGAUCCUGGAAGUCACGUGAGGGCCCGGGGAUUGGAAUUCUGAGUUGUGGCUUUUGGCACUCCUUUUUCUUUUUAAAAAUCGCUUGGUCUGUUGAGCUCUCCUGGGCUUGGUGCCUUUAGACCGAGGCUGGGGACAGUUGCAAACAGCCACAGGCAGACUGAGGUGGCAAUAGAAAAUCUGCCGAGAUGUUCAGUCAGGUGCCCAGGACCCCAGCUUCAGGCUGUUACUAUCUAAAUUCCAUGACACCUGAGGGCCAGGAGAUGUACUUGCGAUUUGAUCAGACUACAAGACGCUCUCCUUACAGGAUGAGCCGGAUUCUAGCACGCCAUCAGCUAGUGACUAAAAUUCAACAAGAAAUUGAGGCAAAGGAAGCAUGUGACUGGCUGCGGGCUGCUGGGUUCCCACAAUAUGCACAGUUAUACGAAGAUUCACAAUUUCCCAUCAACAUUGUGGGUGUCAAGAAUGAUCAUGAUUUUCUUGAAAAGGACCUUGUAGAACCUCUUUGCAGACGACUAAAUACAUUGAACAAGUGUGCCUCAAUGAAACUUGAUGUGAACUUCCAAAGGAAAAAGGGUGACGACUCAGAUGAGGAAGAUCUUUGCAUCAGCAACAAAUGGACUUUCCAGAGAACCAGCCGCAGGUGGUCUCGUGUGGACGACCUGCACACACUAUUCCCUGGGGGAGACAGAAAUGGGUCACCCGUGGGCCCUAUGAUGAGAAACACAACCAGCAGUGAGAGUGUCCUCACAGACCUGAGUGAGCCCGAGGUCUGCUCCAUUCACAGUGAAAGCAGCGGAGGCAGUGACGGCCGCAGUCAGUCAGGCCAGUACUGUGCUGACAGCCCAGUAAUGCUGGAGGCCACCCUAGUCAGCAGUGGCCUCCCACAGUCCCCCCGAGACACUCUCAACCACCCUUUGCACCCCAAGAAUGAGAAACCCAACAGGGCCAGGGCCAAGUCGAUUUUGAAACGCAUGGAAACACUCCGAGCUAAGGGAGUCCAUGGGAAGCAUAAGGGGCCAGGGCGGACAGGUGGCCUUGUGAUCAGUGGACCUGUGUUACAACAGGAGCCCGAGUCCUUUAAGGCCAUGCAAUGCAUCCAAAUACCAAAUGGAGAUCUCCAGAACUCACCUCCAGCUGCCUGCAGAAAAGGGCUUCCAUGCUCCAGUAAAUCCAGUGGUGAAAGCAGCCCCUCAAACAGCAGCAGUGGGGUGAGCACGCCAUGCCUGAAGGAACGAAAAUGCCACCAGGAGGCCAACAAGCGUGGGGGCAUGUACUUGGAGGACCUGGAUGUGUUGGCAGGGACAGCACUGCGGGAUACAGAAGACCAAAGCCACACCCAUGGGUUUCACUCCCAAGAGAAUUUGGUGGUGCAUAUUCCCAAGGAUCAUAAACCAGGAACAUUCCCCAAGGCACUUUCUAUCGAAAGCCUGUCACCCACAGAUAACAGCAAUGGGGUUAACUGGAGGACUGGGAGCAUCUCCCUGGGCAGGCAGCAGGGCCCUGGCGGGAGGGAGCCCAGGCUCAUGGCAUCCUGCCACAGAGCAAGCCGAGUCAGUAUCUAUGACAACGUCCCCGGCUCCCAUCUGUAUGCCAGCACAGGAGAUCUGCUGGACUUGGAGAAAGAUGACCUGUUCAUCUUGGAUGACAUCCUGCAGCAAGUCAAUGGACUCCAAGAAGUAGUGGCUGACUGGUCGAAAAAUGUCUUGCCUGAACUGCAGACUCAUGAUGCGUUGGGUGGGGAACCUGGUUUACCUGCCUUGCCAUCUCCUAAUCAGAUCACCUUAGAUUUUGAAGGCCACUCUGUCUCAGAAGGUCGGACAACACCCAGUGAUGUAGAAAGAGACGGAACUUCUCUGAAUGAGUCUGAGGCCCCUGGGGUCAGAGAAAGGAGGGAUUCUGGUGUAGGGGCUUCUCUGACCAGGCCAAACAGGCGACUCCGAUGGAACAGUUUCCAGCUCUCACACCAGCCCCAGCCAUCCCCGGCAUCACCCCACAUCAGCAGUCAGACAGCCGGCCAGCUGAACCUGCUCCAGCGCUUCUCACUGCUCCGCCUCACAGCCAUCAUGGAGAAGUACUCCAUGUCCAACAAGCAUGGCUGGACAUGCCUCUCCCCACGGUGUGCCCCAGGGGGCUUGCAUGACCUGGUUUCUGUGAAUUCUAGGUCAGUUCCAAAGUUCAUGAAGAGGAUGAAAGUUCCUGAUUACAAAGACAAGGCUGUCUUUGGUGUUCCUCUCAUAGUCCACGUCCAAAGAACGGGACAACCUUUGCCUCAGAGCAUUCAGCAAGCACUGAGAUAUCUUCGUAGCAACUGCCUUGAUCAGGUGGGUCUUUUUCGCAAGUCAGGAGUGAAGUCUCGAAUCCAUGCCCUACGUCAGAUGAACGAGAACUUUCCUGAGAAUGUCAGCUAUGAAGACCAGUCCGCUUAUGAUGUGGCAGACAUGGUGAAGCAGUUCUUCCGGGACCUCCCUGAGCCUCUUUUCACCAACAAACUCAGCGAGACCUUCCUCCACAUCUAUCAAUACGUCCCCAAAGAGCAGCGACUGCAGGCUGUGCAGUCCGCCAUCUUGCUGCUGGCAGAUGAAAACAGGGAGGCCCUACAGACUCUCCUUUGCUUCCUAAAUGACGUCGUCAACUUGGUGGAAGAAAAUCAGAUGACAUCCAUGAACCUGGCUGUGUGUCUGGCCCCCUCCCUUUUUCAUCUUAAUUUAUUGAAGAAAGAAAGCUCUCCAAGAGUCAUCCAGAAGAAAUAUGCCACUGGGAAGCCAGAUCAAAAGGACCUCAAUGAGAAUCUGGCCGCAGCUCAGGGUCUUGCCCACAUGAUCACGGAAUGCAACAAACUGUUUGAGGUCCCACAUGAGUUGGUGGCCCAGUCUCGCAACUCAUAUGCGGAGGCUGAGAUCCACGCACCCACCUUGGAAGACUUGGGGACGCAGCUGGAGGAGAGUGGAGCAACUUUCCACACUUACCUGGAGCAUCUUGUCCAGGGCCUCCAGAAAGAAGCCAAGGAGAAGUUCAAAGGAUGGGUCACGUGCUCCAGCCCCGACAACACAGACCUCGCUUUCAAAAAGGUGGGGGACGGGAACCCCCUGAAGCUGUGGAAGGCGUCUGUGGAGGUGGAGGCACCCCCCUCAGUGGUGCUGAACCGUGUGCUGAGAGAGCGCCACCUGUGGGACGAGGACUUCAUGCAGUGGAAGGUGGUGGAAACGCUGGACAGGCAGACAGAAAUCUAUCAGUACGUGGUGAACAGCAUGGCCCCCCAUCCUUCCAGAGACUUUGUGGUUCUCAGGACCUGGAAGACUGAUUUGCCCAAAGGAAUGUGCACCCUGGUGUCCCUCUCUGUGGAGCACGAAGAAGCCCCACUCAUGGGUGGUGUGCGGGCUGUGGUGAUGGAUUCUCAGUACUUAAUAGAACCAUGUGGUUCUGGCAAGUCCAGACUGACCCACAUCUGCAGGAUAGACCUGAAAGGUCACUCUCCAGAAUGGUACAACAAAGGCUUUGGACACCUCUGUGCAGCAGAAGUUGCCAGGAUUCGAAACUCUUUUCAGCCCCUCAUUGCUGAGGGUCCAGAAACUAAAAUAUGAGUUUCCCCCAGUGUGACAUCAAACUCAGGGAACAGGAAGCUAAAACAGACAUUUGUGGCAGAGAGUGUGAGUGUGAGAAAGCGAGCAGGAGAGAGGCGCCGGUGAACGUGGUUAAUCGUUAAAAAUGGAAACACUGCGAAGUUGGAAUGUUGGAGAUGCAAGAAUUUUCUGAGAACUUUUUCAGCCUUCCUGGAGAUGGCUACAUCCCUACUAAUAUAAUAUUUUUUAAAAAAUCAGAACAUGUAUCUAUGCUACUUAAAAUGAAAUGGAUUAGUCCUUAUGCAUUGCCUAAUUUGCUAUUUAAAAGCUUCUAAGAAGCAUAUUCUUAACUGUAAAUAAAUGUACAUGUAGCAUUUGUACAUAUAUGUGUAUAUCUCUAUCUUUCUGUAUAUAUAUGUAAAAUAUUGAUUUUAUAUAGAAUUGUCUGACUCCGUGAGUCCCUUCCUCACACAGCUCUUCCCAAGUUUCCCUGGCCCCACUCCCUACUGGCCCUUAAUCUAAGCAGAGCCCGCUGCUAACACCAAGGUGUGAAAAUUUAUCAUCUGUCAGCUUUACUUGAUGUCUAGCCAAAGAUUAGCUAACCAAAGGAAAAUAGCAUUGAAAGGUUCUUAAGCAUUUUGCCAAUUUGUUUCUGUUGUUCAAAAACCGAGAGUGGAGUGCUGGGACAAAGCACGAGAAGGAAUCCUUACUCCUCUUCAAAGCAAAGCAGUGGGUGAGAAGUUAUUGCCAAAGUCUAGAUUUCAAGUAGCAUCUGGCAGUUUCAGUCAGUGCAAUGUCAGAUGGACACCAAUGACCAAAUCAAAAUCAAUACGCCACCCCCCAAAAAAGGGCUGAAUAUCAUAUCAUACCUUUUCAUAUUCACAGAGAGAGACUCUGUGUUGUCUCAAGUUUUCAUAGACGUUUCCCAUAAUGUAAUUAAAUGUUCUUCUAUUUGACCAGUGGCCUAUGUGGUCAUAGUUAAUUGGCAUUUCAUUACCAAUGUAUUGCACUGAAUUUACUCUGGACACCAGACAAAGGGAGAUGACGGUCACUCAGGAGUCCUGGAUAGUCACAGCUUCAGGGAAUUUAUAUUUUGCUAUAUGUGAUAUUCUUAAAAUAUAAUUCAUUAAAGUCUUGCAAUUUGAAAAACAGGGUUUUAACUAACAUAAGACCAAAACUAUAUUUUAAUUAGUUUUAGAAAAUAUAAGCAAAUAUAUUAAUUCUAUGUUUCUUCAUUAGCCAACUCAAGCUGCCUAUGCAUAUGACCCCACCUUAUUUAUUAUUGUACAGACUAAGCAAAUUAACUUUUUCUUAACCAUUUGCAAAUGGGUUUAAGUUGGCUUUUUUUAAUUAUUGUAAUACAACUCUAGUCGUAAAAAUAACUUAUUGUGCUUGGUUUAAAGGAGAUUUUCUGUGGUUGUCUAUGACAGAGACGGAUAUGAUUUAGCAACUGAUAUUGGAGGGAAAAAUGACUGUUUUCAGGGUUUUUUUUUAUUAUAAGCAUUUAUGUGAUGUCUUCUCUUAUAAGAGAUGUGCAAUUGUCUUAUUGAGAGGAAUAAAAAAACUCUGCAUUUGGUAUGGUGCAAGGAAAAUCAUGCUAGGAAUUUUUCAUUCCCAUGUCUACUUAAGAUGGUGGCAGCAAGCCCACGAUUUACCAUUUGGGCAGUUCUCUGUGAGCAAGACAAAUAUGCUUCUACCAUGACAUCUUAAAUUUAAUCAUAUAUCCAAGAUUACUUUUUAUGCAUCGAUAAGAUCAUUAAUGAAAUUUAAUCUAGCUAAACACUGGUCCUGCUCCAGAGGUAGGACACUGUGUGUUUGGAAAAUAGAAUAGGCACACCAGAAUGAAUGGCAUCAUAUCGCACAGGGCAGUGCUACUCUAACUCUAGCCCACACAGGAAUCACCUGGGGAUCUUAUUAAAAUGCACGCUCUGACUUAGGCAGUCAGGGGUGGGCCUGACAUUCUGCAUUUGUAAUGAGCCUCAGAGAUGCCACGCUUGGAGUCCCAGGGACACACUUUGAGGAAAAAAGACUUAGAGGAUACUGAAAACAUAAUAAAAACAAAUAUGAUUGUACUUCUGACAUCCCCCCACCCAAUUACUUGUCUUUUAGUUUUUAUGCACAUACUAAUCACAUCACCCCUGUAAUAACAACAUGGUGCAUCUUUAAAAUAGAGGAAAAGGGCAGGGGGGAUGAAAAGAAACUGCAUCAAGCUUGUUUGUCAAAUACUACAGUAUUUUAUUCAUCAUUUUCUUGCCAAUGGAAAUAAAAUAUAAUAUUGCAUUUAAAUAUUUAUUUAUACCUCAUGUAUAUUUUUACCUCAAUUGUUGGUAUCAAUCAUCGACUGUAAAUAAAUAAUUGCCAAAGCAAAUAAAUUUAUAUACAUUAAAUAUUUCCUAUUUUCGAUAAAAUA